AUGAUCAAGCGUUCGAUCUUCGCUGCACUGCUUCUCGUCCUGCUUGGAGUUGCCACCUGCGCCUUUGCGAGCACGGAGUCCGCUAACGAGCUGGAGCAGCUUCCGUCUGGCGUCGAUCUGGUCGGCGACCAGGAACCAAUCGCUGACACGACUCCUGAAUCGAGCACGGAAGAGUUCAUCGGACGUCGCGCUCGCUUCUUUCGCCACCGAUUCCGAUUUCCGUUCGGUGGUGGAUUUCGGUACGGAUGGCGGUACCCACUCGGCUACUGGAACACGAUCGGUCGCCCCAUUUACGGUCCGAGAUGUGUGUUUGGCCGUCCUUUCGGAGGUUUCUUCUACUGCUAA